UACUACCAUCAUGGAAAAAGACAUGGAAAUUGAGAGAGAAUCCAAGAGAAGAAAAUCAACUCCAAAAGAACAUCAUCAGCCUGGAAAUAAUCUUUAUAGUCUACCUCAAGAAAUCGCCCUCGACAUAAUUUCCAGACUACACGUAAAAUCCGUCAUCCAAUUCAGAUCGCUGAGAUUCAGGGCUCAAAAUUUUCCAAGAUCAGAGGUUCAAGUAUUCUAUCAGAGCAGUGAAAAAUGGAGAGUUAUUGUUGGAGACAUACCUUACAAGCUAGAUCAGUCAUCAGGGGGAGUUUUUGUAAACGGAAGGCUUCACUGGGUGAGUAUAUGGGGAAAGAAUCAUGCUCGUCGGGAACGGAUUCUGGUGUCAUUUGAUUUAUCUGAUGAGCUUUUUAGAGAAGUCCCACUGCCAGAAAAUCAUCUUUACUUAAUCCGACACCGGUAUUCUCUCAGUGUUCUCGGAGGUUUUCUGGCUGUUGUUGAUCCUUCAAAUACUAAUUACGGGGCUCAAGACAUUUGGAUUAUGAAACAAUACGGGGUGAAAGAGUCCUGGGAGAAAGUUUUCAGCAUUGGGGUUUAUUAUGUGACGACAUUUCAGUCACCAGAAAUGCAGCAAAAAUACAGGAUUUGGAAGAAUGUACUUGAUGAACGAUUUGCCCGGGUUCUUUGCCUUCUGAAAAAUGGCGAAAUUUUGCUGCAGUACAGAUGGGGAGCCCUAGUUUCUUACAAUCCUGAGAGUCGAAUGUUUAAGGAUCUAAGGUUUAAAGGGAUGCCUAAAUUCUUCCAUACCGUUGUACACGUUGGAAGCCUGAGCCAAGCAAAUUAAUGGCCUUCUGGUCUCCGGGGAUCAAAUAUAAUAGCAGAAUUUAAGAUAUUGACAGUAGGAAGGACCUUUAUGAUUUGCUUGAUUGAAGUGUUCAAUUAUGUAGUUAAUUCAUCAAAUGGUUUGUCACCAAAGUGGUAAGGUUAUAGUCUGGUUGUGAUUCUCAUCUGGACAUCUUCUCCACACCGAUAUACCUUACACUCCCUCCCCUGGCUAUUGUCUGUUGCGAUGGCUGUAAUUCUCUUCCUAGCUACCAAUAUAGAUACCAUAGUUUGAAAUGGCAUAUUUUGAUUUUUGUCA